GCCAGCAAAAGCGGGCAGGGCUGAGCGAGUGCCCGAGGGCUGGGGCCGGAAAGCUGGGGCGGAGUCAUCCCGGGACGGGAGGCGGAAGCAUGGAACCUCCCCAGGUGGUGCUGGUGAUGGGAGUGAGCGGCUCUGGAAAAUCAACAGUGGGAUCACUCCUGGCAACUGAGCUGGGGUGGAAAUUCUAUGAUGCCGAUGACUACCAUCCUGAAGAAAAUCGAAAAAAGAUGGGGAAAGGAAUACCACUGAAUGACCAGGAUAGGAUUCCAUGGCUUUGCAACUUACAUGACAUUUUAUUGAGAAAUGUGUCCUCAGGCCAAAGCGUGGUCCUUGCCUGUUCUGCUUUGAAGAAAAUGUACAGAAACAUCUUAAUGAGAGGAGAAAGUGCUGCAACUCCCAAGUCUGAUGGGCCAGGAGAGAAAGAAGGCUUCCCAGAGCUGAAGCUCCUUGUGGUCUAUUUGAAUGGGUCUUUUGAAGUGAUCUCUGGGCGUUUAGCCAAAAGAAAAGGACAUUUUAUGCCGCCAGAGCUGCUCCAGUCCCAGUUUGACACUUUGGAACCUCCAUCAGCACCAGAAAACUUUUUGUCACUUAGCGUAGACAGAAGUGUCAAGGAAAUGAUUCCUUUUAUUGUGGACAAUAUAAAAAUUAAAUGAGGGGGGCAGCUAGGUGACACAGUGGAUAGAGCAGCGGCCCUGGAUUCAGGAGGACCUGAGUUCAAAUCUGGCCUCAGACACGACACUAGCUGUGUGACUCUGGGCAAGUCACUUAACCCACAUUGCCCCACCAAAAAAAAAAAAAAUUAACUGAGAACCCUUUGGGAGCAAUCAUCAGACCUGAAUUCAAUUUAAAGAAUCAUUAUGCCACAUCUCCCAAUAACACAUUCCUACUUACAAAAUAUCUUGAUUCUCUCAUCUGAAUGCCAAUUCUACAGUGUACUGCAGAUUGCUUAGUAUGCCUUUCAAAAAAUAUCAGAAUUGUUUCCCAAAGUAUUUUUGCUUCUUUCCCCUGACACCUCCUAAUGGAAUCCUCCCUUAGAACAAAGAAAAAGUGGGUGAAACCCAGCCAACAAAGUGACUGCAACUGGUCAUAUGUGCAACAUUGUCUAUCUGUAUGUAACCCUCCACCUCUCUACCAAAAAGAGGGAGGCAUUUUUCCUUCUUUCUUCUCUAGGAACAAAACGGGUCUUAUUGAGUUUGGCAGCAGUCUAGUGUUUUAUUUUAAAAUUUGGUUAUUAUUGUGGUCAUUGUGUAUUUUGUUCUAUGAUCUUUACUCUGUAUGAGUGCACACAAGUCUUUCCAUGUUUCUCCAAAUUCCUCCUAUUUAUUAUUUCUUAUGGUGUGAUAAUAGGCUUUCAAAUUCCUUUUAAAAUAGUUUGUUUUGGGGCAGCUAGGUGGCACAGUGGA